AUGUCUACUGAAUAUGCUAAUUUAACUACUGUUAGUUGUCAAAGAUUCAAAUGUUCAGGUCGUGGUCUUAUAUUACCAUUUGGUACUGAAGCAUGUAUGUCAAUACAAUUACGAGCAGUGCUUUAUUUUAUAUUUUUACUUUAUCUUUUUCUUGGCAUUGCUAUUAUUGCUGAUAUAUUUAUGUCAUCUAUUGAAACAAUAACAUCAAGAAAACAAAAAAUACGUUAUCCUGAUCCGGGAGAAAAAGAUAAAUAUUUAACUGUUGAAGUUCAAUUAUGGAAUGCUACAGUUGCUAAUUUAACAUUAAUGGCACUUGGUUCAAGUUCACCAGAAAUUCUUUUAUCAAUUAUUGAAAUUGUUGGAAAUCGUUUUGAAGCAGGAGAACUUGGACCUGGAACAAUUGUUGGUUCUGCUGCGUACAAUCUUUUAAUGAUCUGUGCUUUAUGUAUUUCAUCGAUAAAGGCUCCUGAAACAAGAAGAAUAAAGUUAUAUAAUGUUUUUCUGGUCACAUCGUUCUUUGGUUUUUUUGCAUAUAUAUGGUUAUUCAUUGUUUUAUCAGUAAUAUCAAAAGAUGUUGUUGAUCUUUGGGAAGCAAUUAUUACAUUUCUUAUGUUUCCAUUGGUUGUUAUAUUAGCUUAUCUGGCUGAAAAGAAUUUUUUUAUUUCAAAAGAAAUUAACAUGGAAGAAGAAGAACGAACACUUAUAUUAACACCACCCGAAGUAGAUGAAACUGGUAAUCAACGUGUUUUUCGUAAAGAAGACCUUCUUCAAUUUUUACGUGAUCUUGGUCAAUCAACAAGUUUAUCAUUAGAAGAUAAAGCACAAUUAUUUGCAGCUAAAUUAAGUGAAAGUAUGCCUCGAUCACGUAUGCAAUAUCGAAUUGAAGGUGCACGAAUGCUUGCUGGUGGUAAAUCGUUAUUUCCAAAUUUACCUGGCAAAUUACAAGAGAUAUAUAAUGCAGUGGAAGAACGUAGUCCAAUUGAGAAUGGACAAAGACGACAAAUAUCGGAAGAAAUUGAACUACAACCAAAACUUGAAUUUUCUGCUGUGGUAUAUGCUGUACUUGAGCGUGAACAAAAAAUUGAUGUUAUGAUAUAUCAACGGGCUGUCAAACCGCAGCCAUUUGGUGGAGCCAUUUUGACUGACCAUGAAGAUGGUGGUCGAAAAGGAUCAUCAACAUUUAAUAUUGAUGAGAAUCCACAUAUGGCUAUACUUGAGUUUGCUUCAUCCAGUUAUGCUGUACUUGAACGUGAACAGCGUGUAACUGUUGACGUCACCAGACACGGUUAUACUGCUUCUGCUAUCCGUUUUCGACUUGAUACAAUUGAUGGUACAGCAACGGCUGGUGAAGAUUAUGAAAAAUUAUCUGAAGAAUUUAAAAUGGAAUCAGGUCAACAAGAGAAAAAAAUAACUAUUCAUGUUAUUGAUGAUAAUCAAUGGGAACCGGAUGAAACAUUUUUCGUUAAAUUAUCAUUACCAGAAGGUGAAGAAAAACAUGCAAAAGUAGGUUCAAAAACAAUUGCACUUGUUACAAUUAUUAAUGAUGAUGAUCCUGGUUUUAUUCAAUUCGAAGAGCCAAUUACUUUAGUUAAAGAAAGUGUUGGAAAAGCAGAAAUCAAAGUUGCACGUAUUAAUGGUGCUGAUGGACGAGUUACUGUUCAUUAUCGAACAAAAGAUAUUGAUGCUACAGCAAGAAAAGAUUAUCAACCUGUUGACAGUGAAUUAAUAUUUGAACAUGGUGAAAUAUCAAAAGUUAUAGCUAUACCAAUUGUAGAUGAUCUUGAAGCUGAAAAAGAUGAAAGUUUUGCUGUUGAAUUAUAUGAUGCAACAGGUGGUGCAAAUAUAGGAAAAAAUGCAAAAACAGUUGUAACAAUUAUAAAUGAUGAUGAUUAUAAAACAAUGGCAAAUAAAAUGGCAUCACUUGUUCAAGUUGAUAUGGAUAAAUUAAGUGUAACAAAAACAACAUGGGGACAAAAAUUUCGUGAAGCUAUGAAUGUUAAUGGUGGUGAUAUUGAAACAGCAAAAGUUGGCCAUUAUAUUGGUCAUACAUUAGCAUUUUUUUGGAAAGUUCUAUUUGCAUUUGUACCACCAACAUCAAUAGCUGGUGGUUGGUUAACAUUUUUUGUUUCACUUUUAUUUAUUGCUAUACUUACGGCUAUUGUUGGUGAUGUUGCUGCUAUAUUUGGUUGUCUUGUUGGAUUAAAAGAUAGUAUAACAGCUAUAUCAUUUGUUGCACUUGGUACAUCAUUACCUGAUACAUUUGCAUCAAUGAUUGCAGCAAAAAAUUCAAAAACAGCUGAUGAUGCUAUUGGAAAUGUUACAGGUUCAAAUAGUGUUAAUGUAUUUCUUGGUCUUGGUCUACCAUGGCUUGUUGCUGCCAUUUAUUGGGAAUCAAAAAAUCUUCCAUUUACGGUUAAAGCAGGUGAUUUAUCAUUCAGUGUACUUGUCUUUUCUGUUUGUUGUAUUAUUGGUAUGGUUGUACUUACACUUCGUCGAUUUUUGGGUGUUUUUGGCAAAGCAGAAUUGGGUGGACCAACAAUACCUAAAUAUAUAUGUUCAAUAUUUUUUGUGAUUCUUUGGAUUGGUUAUUUAACAUUAUCAGGUCUUCAAGCAUAUGGACAUAUUAAAUGGCAAAGUUAA